UAAAAGUUGUGGUACACCGGUCAUCUAACAUCAGUCGAUCUUCGUUGAUAUCGUCUACUACUAAACAUGGCAUUCAAGUUCAUCGUAUUCGCCGCCUUCGUGGCCGUAGCCAGGGGAGGAGUUAUCAGUGCACCGGUCGCGGUCGCCGCCAAGAUUUCCGACGCCACCUUCGACCCUAAUCCUCAAUACGCUUUCGCUUACGACGUGCAGGACACCCUCACCGGCGACUUCAAGAGCCAAAGCGAGGCGCGUAACGGCGACAUUGUCCAGGGACAAUACAGUCUAGUCGAACCUGACGGCACCCGUCGCGUCGUCGACUACGCUGCCGACCCCAUCAACGGAUUCAACGCCGUAGUCAGGAAGGAACCCUUGGUCCUGGCCGCCCCCGCUAAAGUUGUGGAACCCGCCGUUGAAGUGUUGCCCUCGAAAGUCGUCGCCGCCGAACCAGUAAUCGCAGCUAGAGCCACCGCCAAAGUAGCCGCCCCCCUUGUUGCCAAAGCUGUUGCCGCCCCUCUUGUCGCCAAAGCUUUGCCAGCCAAGCAAGUGGUUGCUGCUCCGGUAGCUCGUGCCGCACCUGUGGUAGCAGCCCCGGCUUUCGCCGCCGCCUCCGCUCAACUCAUCAGUGCUCCUUUGGUUCGCUCCGCUCCUCUUGUGGCCGCUCCCGCUCCCGUCGUUGCUCCGGCCGUUGCCGCUCCCGCGUACGCUAGAUUAGCCUCCCCUUACCUUGCUGCUCCAUUUGCAGCUCCUUUGACUUAUGCUUAUGUUUAGACCGACUGAUAAUUUACGAUUUAUUGUAAAUAUAUAGAUAAGAGCAAAGUUUAAUUGUU